UUCUCUUUGAUCAAAAAAAGGUGGUUCUUUCUCCUCCUUCCUCCCCUGUUUUCCGGACAAAGCCUUGACAUUUUGCUGGUACUGGUAGUAGAGUAAUACUGUAAUACCAGAGGGAAAGGGAUCCAAACCAAAUGGCGAACACUUCUGCAUCCAGGGAUCCCAUGGGCUCUGUCAAGGUUUUAGAUUGGGAUGCAUUGUUAUUGGGUUCCACUCCAAGCGCCAAGAAACGGAGGAGUUCUCGGCAAGACCAUCAGGAACAGGCAUCGUCCAAGGUGAUCAUUGAUCGUUCCAAAGGUGACUCUGGUUACGCUCAAGCCAGUGGGGACCCAGACCCUUCCAAUUUCCUCACCCUAACUGAUCCAGACUUGCUCGAUUGCCCCAUCUGCUUCAAUAACCUAAGCAUCCCUGUGUUUCAGUGUUUGAAUGGACAUCUAGCAUGCUCCUCUUGUUGCAUCAAAGUUCGAAACAAGUGUCCGUCUUGCUCUUCAACUAUUGGCCAUAACCGUUGCCGGGCUAUUGAGAAGAUCAUUGACUCGGUCAGAACAUCAUGCCGGAACAAGAAGUAUGGGUGCACGGAAAUGGUGUUUCGCUGCAAGAAACGUGAUCACGAGGACGUGUGUCUUUAUGCGCCGUGUUCAUGCCCUCUUCCUGAUUGUGACUUCAUUGGAUGUUCACCUGACCUAUCUGUGCACUUCAGCACGGAGCAUCCAGACUCCGCUAAGCCCUUCUGCUACAACAACCGCAUCCCAAUCUCCUUAGAACUACAACAAAAGUACUUUAUCCUUCAAGAAGAACAAGAAGGCACGAUAUUUGUUCUCAACAAUGAGGUCCAAAAUCUUGGAAAUGUGAUCAAUGUUUGCUGUUUCGCGCCGAGCUCAGCAAAGAGAGGGGUUUCAUACGAUCUCAUCGCUACAAACAGAGGAAGACUGGUGAAACUACUAUCUUUCGCUGAGCGUGUUUGUGGGCUGGUCAAAAAUACUUCCCUUAAGAGUUUUCUUAUGGUUCCAGGUGAUUUUGUUGGUUCUUGCGGACAGCUCGAGUUGGAACUUCGCAUAUUUGACACUAAAUUCCUCCACGCAUUUACAGAUUUUGAGAGUGCAAGUAAUGUUAACUGGAGUACUUUCGGUACUCAGAGUCGCAAUACUACGGGAUUUAUAACGAGAAUAGUGAAGCUGCGAAAAUCAUAUUGGGUUAUCCGAUUAGGGGUUUCUGUUGUCCUUUUUAAAACUAAACUAACCCUGGCCCGAAAAUGGCAGUUACUUGCCAUAAUCCCAUUACCCCCACUUUGCAACAGGCACGAGAAAUGCUUGAAGGAAGACCAAGAGACUCCAGUGACCAUCAUGGUAGGGAAACGCAGGAAGACAAGAGACUCCAGCGACCGUCACGGUAAGGAACUGCUCUCACCAUCUCCGACUUCUGACAAUAUUCGGAAGAAACUUGCAAUGGCUAGGAAAGAAAAGACAAUACAUGUGGGUAAUGGAGAAGAAGAUUCACAGGCACCAAUUGGUAAUGAGAUGUCAAAACAAACACUUGCGCAACGUGCACGACGAGAACGAGAACGAAUUUUAAAGCAAAGCACUAUUCGGCGAUCGGAACAGCACUUGCCAGGAGAUCCAAGUGUUCAACCUCUUCGAGACAGCAACAUUGUCGUCCAUGUUCAGGAGAGGAAGCCCAGAGGGGAAGAGAUCCAAAUGGCGAAUAAUACUUCUGCGCCUGGGAACUUGUCCGAGAUGAGCCUAAUAAACGAAUUAUUAUUACAGCCCCAGAUGCUGCUAAAAGACUUGAAAUCCUUGUGUAGCAGCCCAAGUACCAAGAAACGGAGGACUGCUGGGCAAGACGAAGGGAAAGAACAACAGGCAGCACCAUCGAAGGUGAUUGGUGCUUGUUCCAACUGCGACCGUGGCUCCAAUUUCCUAGCCUUAACUGAUCCAGACUUGCUCGAUUGCCCCGUCUGCUUCAAUAACCUCACCAUCCCUGUCUUUCAGUGUUUGAAUGGACAUCUAGCAUGCUCCUCUUGCUGUAUCAAAGUUCGAAACAAGUGUCCUUCUUGCUCUUCGACUAUUGGCCAUAACCGUUGCCGGCCUAUUGAAAAGAUUAUUGAAUCAGUCAAAACAUCAUGCCAGAACCAGAAGUAUGGGUGCACAGAAAUGGUGUUUCGCUGUAAGAAACGUGAACACGAGGACAUGUGUGUCUAUGCACCGUGUUCAUGCCCUCUUCCUGAUUGUGAGUUCGUUGGAUCGUCCAAGAAACUAUCCCUACACUUCAGCACCAAGCAUUCAGGCUCCGCUAAGCGCUUCUGCUACAACUGCAGCAUCCCAAUAUCCUUGGAACUACGACAGAAGUCUGUUAUCCUUCAAGAAGAACAAGAAGGCUCCAUAUAUAUUCUCAACAAUGGGGUACAAAAUCUUGGAAAUGUGAUCGAUGUUUGUUGUAUUGCGCCAAUCUCAUCAAAGAGAGGGUUGUCGUACGAUCUCAUCGCAACAAAUGGUGGAAUAUCAGUGAAACUACAAUCUUUUACUGAGCAUGUUUGUGGGCGGGUCGAACAUACUUCUCCAAAGAAUUUUCUUAUGGUUCCAAGUGACUUUUUUGGUUCUUGUGGGCAGCUCAAGUUGGAACUUCGCAUAUCGGAAGGGCCGGGAGUAGUUCACGGGUGAAGAGGUGGAUUAUGUAUCUAACGUAGGUGUGGAUAUAUAUAGUGUGGUUGUUGCAUUUGACCUGGUAAUUGAGGGGUUUUGUCUUAAAGUUGUAAACCUAUAUGUUAGAGAAGUGUUGGGUUUCGAUCCUUGAAGUGAUUUUUGUCAUCCUAAAAA